UUAUAAGCUUCAGUCUCUCUUCUCCUCACACUCCAACUCUGCUCACCUCUCAGCUGGACAGUAAGGGACGUUUACAGCACACACUGACAACAUGCUGGGGACCCUCUGCAUUCUCAUCACUGCUCUAACAUAUGUUGGUGCAGGGAAAAUUCUGACCCAGACGCCAACUGUCCUCACGGUUUCUACAGAACAAGAGGCUGUUCUCAAAUGUAACAUUGAAAGAGCAGAAACAUACUAUGUAGAAUGGUACAAACAGAUUCCUGGGGAAGCUCCUCAGUAUGUUCUGAAAUUUUACCAUGCUCACAAAUCACCUACAUUUGGAUCCGGAUUCUCCUCUGACAGAUUCAACUCUAAAUCCUCAUCAGACAUAGAUUACCAGUUCAUCAUAAAGAGAGCAGAGGCAGGAGACUCUGCUGUUUAUUACUGUCAGACAUGGGAUAACUCUACCAUGGAGCACGUAUUCGGAGGAGGCAGCAAGCUGAUUGUGACUGGCUCCAGCCUCCCUCCUCCUGUCCUCACAGUCUUCCCUCCGUCCAGUGCUGAGCUCCAGUCCAACAAAGCCUCUCUGGUCUGUCUGUCCAGUCAGUCUGUGCCUUUUGCAGAUGUGAGCUGGUUUGGUGAUGGGUGUCCAGUGAGCAGUGGGAUCUCUACCAGCACGGCUGUUCAGCAAGCAGACCAGACUUUCCAAAUCAGCAGCUAUCUGUCCAUCAAUCCCUCUCAGUGGAUCAUGGGCAAAGUUUUCACUUGUAAAGUGUCUCUGGGCCUCCAGACUUCAGAGAAAAACAUUACUGUGUCUGACUGCUCCAAAGAGGGUGUCUAAAUGUGUCUUCAGCUUUAAUGCUUGUGCUUCUUUGAAGCCUUUACAUGAUUUAGAAAUAAGAAAAGAGAAGAUCUGCUGUUCGUUGGUGUGGACAUGCUAUAACUUUGCUGAAUUGUGUAUGGGUUGUUUGAAUAAAAGCAUUCUUUACUAGACAA